ACAGAAACAGUCGCAGCGCAGGGCGCAUAACCUGCGCGCCGACUCCCUAGCGCUACCGUCAGCCCUUGCUGCUGCAGUCAUACUUGCGGCUAGCAGACGAGUUUCGGAUGAUGUGGUGACGGAUUAGCUCCGGAGGCUCGCGCUACCAGAGUUUUUUUCGUGCCGGACGUUUGUUGUUCGCUCGCUGUUUUCAUUAAAUGGAGAUCGGUAGCCCAGUUUCAACGCAACAAUGAAGAAAUUUACUUUCAAAGGCGUGUUAGAUGGAUUUCGGUCGUCUGUCACCCAGCCGGCGAGGGCGGAUCAGGAAAUAGUGGAAACCUUACGUCCGGACCACUUCCAAGUUGCUAAGACUUUCCGCCACGGCUUCCCGUUCCAGCCGACGGCUCUGGCCUUCGACCCCAUCCAGCGCCUCGCAGCCAUCGGCUCCAAGAGCGGCUCGCUGCGCAUAGUGGGGCGGCCGGGGGUCGACUCGCACGUGCGCCACGACGGCGAGGCAGCCGUGCUGCAGAUACAGUUCCUGGUGAACGAGGGCUCGCUCGUCACGGCCACCGCCGACGACGCCAUCCACCUGUGGAGCUUCCGCGAGAAGCGGCCCGAGGUCGUGCACAGCCUCAAGUUCGCGCGCGAGCGGAUCACGUACGUCCACCUGCCGCUGCAGAGCAAGUGGCUGUACGUGGGCACGGAGAAGGGCAACAUCCACGUGGUCAACGUGGAGUCCUUCGUGCUGUCCGGCUACGUCAUCAACUGGAACAAGGCCAUCGAGGUGUGUCGCAAGACGCAUCCCGGACCAGUGGUGCACCUCAGCGACAACCCGCUGGACCCGAGCAAGCUGCUGAUUGGCUACGAGACGGGGCAGGUGGUGCUGUGGGACCUGCGCACGCGCCAGGCCGACCUGCGCUGGCAGGCGGCGGAGCCCCUGCGCUCGGUGUCGUGGCACCACGACGGCAAGCAGUUCAUGUGCAGCCACACGGACGGCUCCCUCACCACCUGGGCCGUGCGCCAGGCGCCCAAGCCGCUGGCCGUCUCCGUGCCUCACGCCAAGGCGAACAAGGAUGGCAAGAUGGAUUCGUGUAAGCCCAUUCAAAAGGUUGAGUGGAAGUCUUCGAGAUCCGGGGAGGCGUACGUGAUCUUCUCCGGCGGGCUGACCCACGACAAGGCGGGCCGCACCCCCAGCAUCACCGUGGUCCAAGGGAAGUCCACCACGGUGCUGGAGAUGGAGCACAACGUGGUGGACUUCGUGGUGCUGUGCGAGAGUCCGUGGGCCAGCGACCUGCAGGAGCCGUACGCCAUCGUGGUGCUCCUGCAGAACGACCUGGUGGUGAUCGACCUGCUGACGCCCGGCUACCCCUGCUUCGAGAACCCCUACCCCAUGGACCUGCACGAGUCCCCGGUGACGUGCUGCCACUACCUGGCCGACUGCCCCUCCGACCUGAUCCCCGCCUUCUACUCGGUGGGCUCGCGCGCCCACAAGCGGGCCGGCUUCAGCGAGCGCGAGUGGCCCCUGUGCGGCGGCGAGUGGAGCCCCACCUCCUGCAGCUACAACGAGAUCAUCCUCACCGGGCACGCGGACGGCAGCGUCAAGUUCUGGGACGCGUCAGCAGGCACCCUGCAGGUGCUGUACAAGCUGAAGACGGCCAAGGUGUUCGAGAAGCCGCGGGCUCGCAGCGUGGACGGCUCGGACGACGACUUGUUCGCCAUCCACAUCAUCUCGCUGUGCCCGGAGAGCAGAAAGCUGUGCGUCGCCGGCACCAGCGGGCACGUGGUGCUCUUCAAGUUCCGGAAGCAGGAGGCGUUCACUGAGACCAUCACCCUGGAGAUCCCCAUCGUGUGCGAGAUGCCGGAGGACGACUGCUCCCCGGAGUACGAGUACCCCCCUCGCCACAGCCUCAGCCUGGCCUCCAAGGUCGACUCGAGUGACGAGGUCAAGAAGGCGUCCCUGGAGCAGACGGCGCCGCUGCGAGUGAGGCAGGGUCCCCAGAAGAAGCCGCCCGGCUUCCAGGCCUACCUCGUGUGCCUCACGCCGUACGUGAACGGGGAACUGCCGGGGCAGGUCUCGGCCCUCAGCAUCAACUCCUCCUAUGGAUUGAUGGCGUACGGCAACGAGAGCGGGCUGGUGGUGGUGGACAUCAUCCAGAAGGUGUGCCUCAUGAACUGCGGCACGCCCGACCUGUACGGGGCGGCCGACCCCUACCAGCGCGUGCCUCGCUCCCCCAAGAAGAACCCCGAGCCGGCCGGCGAGGACCGGUGUCGCUCCCCCAGCACGGACCAGGCUCCUGCGAGCAAGAGGUCGGUUAGGCAGCUGGAGGCCUCGCCGCUCGCCAGUCCCGCGGCAGACAGGGACGCCGCGUGCCCCUCGGACGUGUCUCGGGAGCCCACCCCCGACCGGGAGGCGGAGGAGGCGGCGGAGGCCUGCCCCGCGGGGGACGCAGACAGACCCGAGCGCCCGGACGCCCAGCCAGACCCCCGCCACGGGCGGAGACGCAGUUCCGCCUGGAAGGCCUUCAGCCUCAAGAAGCAGCUCAGUCGCGUGGACCAGAGGCUGAAGCACACGUUCUCCGCCGACUCGAAGCUCUGUGCCCCGGUGAGAGAGAGACAGGGCGUCGCGGAGGACCCGAGUGCUGUGGAUCACUGCCCCAGUCCGGCAGUUCUGUCUCCCGUGAGGGACGAGAGCAGCGCGAACGCGCUGUCCAGCACGGAGUCCCUGCACUUCGAGUUGGUAAACAGAGAAGCUGCGGAGGAGACGGAGGAAGCGAGGGGAAAGCAGGAAGGCGCGUGGCAGAGUUGCUUGAAGGAGGUGGCAACUCCGGACGUGUUCGUGGAGACUCCGCAGACCUCGGGGGCGGUGACCCCGGCGGGGGGGAGCGGGAGCGAGGCGGACGUGGUGGCAAGCCUGGAGGAGCAGAUGGAGCGGACGGAGCAGAUGGAGCAGGUGGGGGAGGGCAAGGUGGGCGGAGGCAAGCGGCCCGUGGACCUGCCCCUGUUCGACGCGGAGGGAAGGCCGAUACGGCCGCCGCGCCGGGACUCCGGCAAGAAGCGCUCGGUGGUGCUGGAGAGAGCCGCGGAGAAGCGGGACGCGCGACUGCUGUCCGUGCCCAACAUCAAGUACCAGCAGCACCAGCAGCACCAGCAGCAGCACCAGCAGCAGCACCAGCUGGUGCACGACCUGCGACAGAAGGACGACACGAGUCCGGCUGCCUUCUCCAACCUCAUGCGGCGCCUCAACAAGCUGGACAGCUCGUUCUCCAGGUCCAGGAGUUCCAGCAUGUCCAGCCUGGAGAACAUCAACUCUGAGGCGAUACAGUGCCUGGCGUUCGCCGACGCCUACACCAAGAAGUCUGAUGCGGCCAUGUACCCGACACUCUGGGUGGGCACGAGUCUCGGCUCCGUGCUGACCAUCACGCUCAGCAUCCCUGCGCCUGGCGAGUCGCGCCUCACCCAGCCGGUCGUCGUGUCCCCGUGUGGUACAAUCUUCAGACUGAAAGGUUGCAUAUUAGCGAUGUCCUUCCUCGACUGCAACGGAGCGCUCAUACCGUACUCGUACGAGACGUGGCGUGAUGAAAAUAAGGACAGCAGAGAAAAAAUCAAGACGCCCACCAACAGCCGGAUGUCGCCCACGCUGAGCUGCGGCAGCGCGGGCCCCGCCGGCCAGGCGGACCAGUGCGGCGACCGCCAGUUCGUGGUGCUCACGUCCGAGAAGCAGGCGCGCGUGGUGGCCUCCCCCUCCCAGAACUGCGUGUACCGCCAGCAGCUGGCCGACUCCGACUUCGUCGUCAAGGCCGAGAUCGUGUCCUUGAAAGACAGCGUGUGUCUGGUGUGCUACGUAUCCAACGGACACGUGACUGCCUACAGUCUGCCGAGCCUUAGACCCCUGAUCGACGUAGAUUUCGUUCCACUUUCCGACUUGAGUUUUCAGACUACCAAACAGGGCAUAGUAGACCCUAUGUUAUCCAUAUGGGGCCAACAGAUGUUUGUUUAUGAAGACACGGCGCAGAUAGCUCGCACCUUCUGCUUCAGCAACCGGGGCCAUGGUCUGUACCUCUGCUCCCCCACUGAGGUGCAGAAGUUCACCGUCUCCUCGGAGUUCGCCCAGAGCCUGGCGGAGAUGGUGGGGGAGCUGUUCCUGCCACGCGACACGCCCGAGGCCCCGAAGGAGGGAUUCUUCAAGGGCCUGUUCGGCGGCGGCUCGCGCUCCCUGGACCGCGAGGAGCUGUUCGGGGAGGCGAGCGGGCGGGCGUCGCGCACCGUGGCCAAGCACAUCCCCGGGCCCUCCACCGCCCUGGAGACCAUGGACAGGCGGGUGACCUCGGUGACGGGCGAGGUGGGGCGAGCCCACCAGCUGAUGGUGGAGCGUGGGGACAAGCUGGGGCAGCUGGAGGCUCGCACCGAGAAGAUGAUGACGGAGGCGGAGAACUACUCCCAGACGGCACACAGCCUCAUGCUCAAGUACAAGGACAAGAAGUGGUACCAGCUGUGAGCGACCGGCGCCUCUCGCACGGUGAUGGUUCUCUCUCCUGUGUCUCACGGGGCAUGAACAGGUGCAGCAUGCCUGUGUUCCUCGAAGUGAAUAUAGCGACGGCACCCGGUUCCGAGUUGCAAAUGCUGGUGUUGGAGGAUUUUUUUAAACUUGACAGACAAAUGAGUGUUUGGAAUGUAACAUAUUUUGAGACUGUGAAUUAUAAGUUUUCAAAUAAAUAAUGCUGGUUAUCAUGUAACAAAUAACUAUGGUAUAUUAGAUCGUAGACAGGCGUCUGCCUGCUGCGCAGAUGGCUCCAGAUCGAGUAUUGUAUUUUCUCUAUGUAGUACAGAUAACAUGUAAACGCUUGCAUGGAAUAAUUUGCUCUUCAAGAGCAGAGGAGAGGUUUUUUGUUGGUCUAGGUGAACAGAAGAGAUUUAAACCUCCUUUGUUGUAAACCAGGAGAUUGAUUUUUGAGAGGAUGUUGUAGUCACGUGGAUGACAUCUUAAGUUUCUGUGUCAGCUGUGUUGUAUGUCGCAUGCGUGAUGUGGGUCGUGGGAAUCGUGUAUUCUGUUGUCGGUUCUCCGUGGCCCACGCCUCGUGGGUCGGCCGCCUGUCCUGUCUCUUGCGUCCGCUGGCGGGCAGCAAACCUCGUCUCUUGUUUCCUUUCCUCCAGUGACUCCUUUUUGUAAAUACUUGUGCUAUGCCUUUCCUCGGCUCUGAACUGUCUUGCCGAGCGGAGAGCGAGUGUCUGCGGCACUGAGCUGCACACUUUCGUACAAACAAAAUAAUAACUCGUCACCUGUGAUGCAUGUACUUCUUUGUUGCAAAACAUAUUUGCAUAUUGUUUUUUGAUUGAAAUGUUACCACUAGUUUUGCGAAUAUUGUAUGUAUUUAAUAACUUAGCUGCAAAAAGAAGAUCCUAGCUGUACUAACCAGUAGAAAUAGCAUAAAUUCAUGUUAACUGGUAGUUGACUAGCCAUUUGAAAACAAUAUUUGUUGAAUGCAGUGUUAUAUAAUAUAUAGAAAAGCUGUGUCCUCGUUGAAAUAUUGUUUACGUACUUUCUUUUGCCACUAAAACAUGGAAAACAAAAUUGUUGGACCACAAGCCAAGGAACUGGAAAUAAAAUAUAAAAUGAUUUAUUUUUGAAACCAAACUGUAAUAAUGUCUCUAUAAUUUUAUGCUAUAUAUACUUGUUUACUGAAUAAAUAUAUAUUUAGUAUAUUAUAAAAAUAAAUUCUGUAGGUAAUUUUCUUACAGCCCUACUUUAGACCAUCAAAUUUUCAGAUGUAUCGGUGCAAACAAUGUUAACAUUUACCGACGGUACAAUAAUUUGAUAGUUGUAUGUGUACCACUCUCCUCUAUUUAAAUGUCUCAUGUUGAGAUUGUUCAAUAACAUGUAAUUAGUAGCUGGUGUUUGUAGAUAUUUUACGGUCUGCAACAUCUGCAACAAGGUAACUGUUGUCUCGUAAGGUAAUGUGUACCAGAGGUAUCAUUUUUGAUGGCCUAAAGGAACUUGUGUAAUAAGUUUGAGCUUCUUGUCAGACUGUUUCUCAGGCAUGUAAACAACUAAAUCUGCUGUUCUUUUGCUUUAAAUUAUAUUAUUUUCAUGCAUUGUACUUGUUAGAGAUUUUUUAAUGAGUUGUAUUCAUUUUUGUACUUAAUAGUAUAUGUAUAAGCUGGUAAACAAGUAGCUAUCCCAAAUACAAUAAUACUUUUUUUUGUGCCGCAUAGUACUUUAGUCAGGGAUGAACCUGGAUUUAAAAAGCCACAAAUGUGAAAAGUAUGUGAUAUUAUAAUCUGCCCAUUCUUACACAAUGUUGGGACUACUGUUUGUUGUUAGCAGAAUUUAAAGAAGUAACCAGCUCUGUUUAGUCAUAGUGGGUACCUGUUUGUUAACAAUUGUUAUGGUUAGAUAAAAAUUAAUAGAAAUAGUUAGAUUUAUUUAAGUUAGUAGAAAUGUUUCACAACUACAAGGACUAAAUAUUUCCCGACUGAUUUAAUUUGACCUUCAAGUUGGAAGGUCACAGAUAUUUACAAUGGUAACUUGUGAGUAUUGUGUAUCAUUUAAGUGUACCCUGAAGUGAUUCUGAUGGAACCUCUUUUGUAGUCAUUUUGAAUGAAAAAAAAUUUGGUAAAAUCAGGAUUUUCUUGUUUAAAAGUUGUUGAUGCAAUAUUAAUGUCACUUUGGUAAAUGAAAAUAUUUAACCAUCAAACCAGAUUUCAGCUGUAAUCUAAAUGGAUAAACAUUGAUAAAAUAAUUUUACAUGCUCUAGACCUGUAGUUCCUACAUGUAAACAUAACAUUUGCAACAUAACUAGUAAUGACUUGUAAGAGCUUUGAGAAUCCCUCAGUAACAUGUGUUUUUAUAGUAUAAUGAAUGGAUGACAAUAAGAACGAAGCAAAAUAUUUUACUUUAGAAGACCAAAAUUUUACCAACAAUCUUCAUUUACUUUUAACCAAAAUUUAUGCAAACUUGACAUUAUUUGUAAGUCCUUUUAAACUAAAAUGAUUGAACAUGAAGUGAAUAAAUUAUUUUCAACUAUGGUAAACUUAAUUGUAUUUUUGUGUUGACAGUCGAUUAAACAUUUUUAAUAAGUACUCACAACUUCCAGAGAUAUUUAUGAAGAAUCAUAAUUAGUAAUUUUAAAAGGUAUUCUAAAACAUAUAAUUAAACAUUUUAACAUAUGGCAAAAUGUUGCUAAACUUAGGAAACAUUGCAAAAUCUCAGAAGACUACUGAAAUGUGAUAAAAGUUUUAUACAAAGAUGAAUGGAUUUCACCGAAAGUAAAGGCUGCUUUUAAUAUUGUGGAUGGAAAAUACUUUUAUAAUUUUCAUUGAAAAAGUUUUUUUACACAUCUAUUCUUUCAUAUUUUCUGUCUGGUAUGUUUCAUAUGCUUGUUUUAUCAGCUCAGUAUUUGACUUACAAAGAACUAAUUUGGCUUAAUACAGUUCAUUUUGGGACUUGGAAGCAAUUUUAUCUGCUUUUAUUUGUAAUUUUUCCAUGCAGACCACAAUGAAGGCUUGGUUAAGAACACAAAAUCCUUUAUAUAUUUAGGCUACAUUAUAAGUUUGGAAGACAAAUGUGUAAAAUUAGUGAUCUUCGAAAAUGUUUUAUAUUUUUUCACUCGGUAGAAACAAGUAUAUGCUCAGAUGUUAAUUUUUCCACCACCAAUAGCCAUAGACACCAUGGCCGAAAAUUUAUCUUUAAACUUUGUGCAGCUGGUUUGAAAAUAUGUCUGGGCAAGAUUCUGAGGCUGUCUAGAAGUUCAACAUGAGCACAAUGGUGCCUGGUUUCCCAACUCCGUGUUGACAAACAUUGCCUGCUCCUAGUACAUACAUAGUUCAUAGAUCUCACACAAUGUUUCAUGUAAUGAAACAUGACAGGGCUUAUAAAAAAUUAAAUAUAUUUUUAUGUAAAACAGAUAAGAAACCCUUGAUUAUAGCUUUAAUGGCUUUGGAACAUCUUGGUUGAGACCACAGACUAGGUAGCUACGUAAUCAGGAAGCUGUAUUGCCACUAGUCUUGCACUUAUCAGCAAAUCUCACUGGUGUUUCAAAAAGUUGUGGACAAUGCUAACCUGUAUGAGGAGUAAACAAGCUUCGAGGUACCAACAUAUACUCGACAUCAUUCCAUACUGCUAUUGUUUACGAUUUAUUGUAGGGAUAUGAACUUUUUUUUUAAAGAAUAAACUCAUAUCAUGUUGGAGUUUUUGCAUAAAACUGUUUUCCAGAUUUUAUAUUAGUUUUUUUGGACUGCUUCAUUGACAGCACAACUGAUUUAUUCUGUAGGUGAAAAUAUUUAUUUACAUCAUAAUAGAUUCACGCAGAUAACGUAAUGUUUCUCUGCAUGAAUGUCUGCAAUUCACAGCUAAAUCCCUGUUUACUAUUUAUCCACCCCGAACAAGAAUUCGUUUAUUCAUUGAUCUAUGUUAACAAAAAAAUGCAACUUUUUUUGUAGAAGGGAAAUAGUUGGAAGAAAAUUGAGACUCAUUAUGAUGUUGCAACAUUGCACAUUUACUUAUUCCCACUGCAGCUGGGUUCACAUAUAAGGUUAGAGAACUUAUCCAAUAUAAUCCAGGAUUAAUAAUCACCAUCAUCCGCCAUUCAUCUCGAAUGGACCAGAGUUGUCCUUGUUUUCGACAUGACUCGCACAUAGCCGAACAUCGGGAGCUUGAGAUGUCUGUCUGUUGGAACAACGCAGCAGGCUCAAUCCAAGCUGAUGUUUUGGCAAGCAAGUUUUAAAAAAUUAAUGCAGUUCUAAUAGAUUUAUUUCCAGGGUUAUUCUGAUGAUCAGAAUUUUUAAGAUGUCUCACAAAUGAUAAGACCAUUUGAAAGUUUUGAUUGAGCAAUGUUAUGUACUUUGAAAUUGUGAAUUGUAAACUGUGAUAAUCAACAGGAAAUAAAUUGGCAAACUUUUAAUUACAA